UAUGAGCCUCCACUAUGUCUUAGGAGAGAACAGUUGUCUCUUUCUUAUUAUAUAAAACAGAAAUCUUAUACUAAACCUUCAGUUGAUUGUACAGUAUCAGAUACUCAGUUGAAAAGGUUAUUUGAAGCUCGCCCAAGUAGUGUCCCUACAUUCAGCAUAAGAAUGGAGAAUGUAAGCAGCGCGAUUGACCUUAACACAAGCAACAUUUCACAGGUUGAAGUUAAUAGUAUUCAACCUUGGUCAACCCCUGAGAUAAAUGUUGACUUUAGCUUAAAGCAGUUUCCUAAGGAAUCCACUCCAGACUAUAUCUACAUACAGCACUUUGCAGAAAUUCAACACCAAGACAAGAAUUUAAUUCCUAUUUAUACUGACGGUUCUAAAUCGGAUGAAUAUGUUGGCUCAGCCUUAGUUUGCCAGGAUGAAAUCUUGGCAGAACAAAUUGAAUUGAAUUCAUCUAUCUUUACUGCAGAGCUGCACGCUAUCUAUCUAGCUUUAAAGUAUGUAAUCAGAAAAGGUCAUCGUUGUUGCGUUAUUUACACUGACUCAGUUAGUUCCCUUCAGGCUUUAAUUUCAUGUGAACCUAGUUCUCACUCCAUAGUGAUUAAAAUUCGUAAACUGUUUUGCCAUCUUCUUGCAAGGAAUUUCUCUAUAAAAUUUUGUUGGGUCCCAGGCCAUGUAGGUAUAAGAGGAAAUGAAGAAGCUGAUGCAGCUGCAAAGUCAGCUAGUUUUUCACAGCAUACAAUGCGUAUUGAAGGAGGCGAUUUGAAGCUAGUCGUUAAGAAACGACUAGCGGCGAGAUGGCAAAAUAUGUGGAAUGCACAAGUCCACAAUAAACUACAUGAGAUCAAACCUAUGAUAGAAAAUUGGACACAUAAGAAACCUUACGACAGGAGAUGUGAGGUUAUUUUUAUUCGUCUGAGGAUUGGACAUACUCGGUUGACUCAUCAAUACCUUUUGAAGGGUGAAGAGCAGCCAGUAUGCCAGUAUUGCAACUGCUCUCUAAGUGUUAAACACAUACUGCUCGAUUGCUCUGUUUUUGAGAUCAGUCGUAGACAGCAUUUUCGAAACGGAAGUUUUAAAGAGAUUCUGGGCCAGAGACCAAAUCAUUAUAAUGUAUUGGACUUUUUAAAAGUCAUUAAUUUGUAUAAAGAAAUUUAAUUAUUUAUUUAUUUAUAUAUUUAUUACAUUUCUGUGUGUUGUUGUCUUUUUGUACUUACUAUGGGUAUAUUUAUUUUCGUUGUUGUUGUUUAUUUAUUUUAUUUAUUUGUUUAUUAUUGUCAUAGUUUAGUUAUUUACCAUGUUUAAAAUUUUUCUUAACCAUUUGCCCUGGCGCAGCAUAGCCUGUACGGCUCUUGUGCCAAAAAACAAAAACCAUUCAUCCAUUCUGUACAUUGAAGAUUCUAUAUAUCGAAUUUUUUUAAAAAAAUAAACCAUCAACUGCAUUAUAUGGAGGUUCCAUUGUAAUUUAGUGAAAACAAAUAAAAAACAGAUUAAUUUUAAUAAAAUUAAGAUUUUUAUCUUGAAGCCAUUCUUACCGAAAGGAUCGAGAAUACUUUGUCCAUUUACCCAUUAUAAUAUCAAUAAUAAAUAAAUUAUAAAACUUACAUAAAUUAUCUAUACUAAUAUAAUUAAUAGGUAAAGUUUGUAAGUUUGGGUGUAGGAGGUAAUUUUCGAAACUACUCAUUUGAUUUCAAAAAUUCUUUCACCAAUAUUUACAAUGGACCUUCAGGGUGGGCAUAGGCUGUAUAUUAUUCUGUUAAACAUCUAUAACAUCUAGGAUUAAGGCUUUAAAACCAUUUUUUUAAAAACUAUUUUAGGUCAAAAAUUUUUUUGGUUAAAUGUGCCACCAUUUUGAAAUUUCAACUCUCCACGGAUGAGGAGACAGUUAGUUUUAGUGAGUUUAAAGUGUAAAUAAUAAAGAAAAGCAAUAAAUAGUGGCACAUAUAGUAUAGAUUUUGGAAAUUAAUAAAUAUUUUAAUCAUUUCGAUUUUAUGGUUAACCCAAAAUCAAUAAAUCUAAAAUUAGCGAAUUUGAAUGAAUAUUUGAAUUGGUUUUCCAUCACUUGCGAGAGCAAUGCCAGGCUCAAAUGCUUACUUUAUAGGUAAAAUCGCAUUACAUUGUCAUAAAAUGAUUAAAAUUACCUCAGUCAUAUUUAGUUUUUCUUUAAUCGUGUCCCCCCAGGUAGGGAACCGAGCCUGGACGUGGCGGGGGGGCCAGGCGGUUAGAGACGACGGGUACUGGGUCCUGAAAGACUCGUCUUGGUCUCGAUCGUUGAUGGAGUCGGAUGACUCGAGCCAAAGGUUCCAGAGGCGUUAUUACAUCUUAGGCUUUGGUUCUGUGUACCAAGCCUUUAAAAAGCUUGCUGUUCGCUUGUCGCUCUAUGGUGAGGGGCGACUCCGGCGGGGUUUCGUUAUCUCCCUACUCUGGAGCCUAUCCCCGCUGGAGCAGACGGCUAUGAGAGCUGCUUAUUGGCAUUGUGGCAUGCAGACUCACAUCAAAACAGAAGGGAGACUGGUACGGUCGAGGCACGGGGCUGUCCCUAAUGGUAUCGGCGAUAAGAGGGCCAAAAUGAGUUCUCAGUAAGUCCGGAGCCGGGGGAAAGUUGCUGUAGCCGUCGCUAAUAUGGUUCCUAGGGAGGGCUUGUCUUCGGACGAGAUAUGCACAGUGUAGUCGAUUGGACUUGUCUGGCAGAAGUUAGCAAUUGCUCACGGAAGUUGGUAGCCCUGCCGACGGAAGCGUAGGCACCCGCUGGCCUGCGGUGUGAUGGCACUCGAUAGGGGCACUGCUGUAACGUGGUAGGGACUCUUUGCUACGGCGAACAGUCCCGAGUCCCCCUACUCGCGACGGUUAAAUCGUCUGCUUGUAGCGAGAUGCACAUUGUAUACUGGGCUGAUGGGUUAUGUCCCUGAUUACUUACAUUGGAGCACACAGUGGACGCCGAAACUUUUGGAUUCGAACCCCGCGUCGGCACAGUAACUGGAGGCCAUGGAUCUGACAAUCUGCACCCUCUGGGAACUGAGACACACAAAGCGAACUCCCGCAUCCACCUGGUGGCACAGGGCCGAUGUUUCACGACAAAAGGCGGUUGAAUGCAGUUGACUUAGCCUUAGCCCGUGGUAACGCAGACCACGUAAAGCUCCUUCUGUCCGGUAAAAGAAGAACCAGCUUCUCAAGAGGAAGACCGGGCUUCGCACACCUGGUGCUGGCUUGGGGGCCACGGCCUGCAUGCCGAAGCCAGUAGGGCGAGGAGUAGCAAUCCUGUAGCCGAAGCCUCGCUGGUGGCCAGGAGGGUAGCGCCUACAGUGGCUUGUAGGACCCUGCUAGCUGGUAUCUAUCCUGACGGGCAGUCGGCAGAGCCGCUCUUCGGACAUAGGGCCAACUUCCUUAUGUCCUUGGGGGGAGCGGUGCUUAAAGGCCCGACGAUGCGUUGGAUGGCCGCAUAUGGUCUCAGAGGACUGGAAAUGGGAAGAGCAUUUCCUAGUAGGGAUGAUGGGGCGGCCCAAGCCGAGCAACCAGCCGGGCUGGGCGACCUUGGGUAGGAGGCCAUUUAAAUGGGUAGCUGUCCCGGCAGCGGGCUAAGCAGUGACGACCCGGCAACAAGAGGGCCAAAAU